GGCCCUUUAAGAGCCAGUCCCUCCAGCAGCAGCAGAGGAGAGCAGACCGACUGCAGCAGCUCCACAUCCACGUCCUCCGUGGGCCGUUCACUCACCUGACCGCGCCGGACACUGCUUCAGACCGGACACACCUGGAAGGGGGGGCAUGGGGGGCACGGAGCCCGCCUGCUAGCCGAAAGAAGAGCUCCCAAGACGCGCAGAAGAGGCUCACGACUCGGCUGGCCAGCAGCAUGGUGUCCUGGAUUAUUUCGAGGAUGGUGGUCCUCGCCUUCGGGACCCUGUACCCAGCGUACUCCUCCUACAAGGCCGUCAAAACGAAGAACGUGAAGGAAUACGUAAAAUGGAUGAUGUACUGGAUAGUAUUUGCGCUGUUUAGCACGGCAGAGACGGCCACAGACCUGCUUCUGUCAUGGUUUCCAUUUUACUUCGAGCUAAAGAUAGCCUUUGUGAUCUGGCUCCUGUCCCCCUACACCAAGGGCUCCAGCGUUCUCUACCGCAAGUUUGUCCACCCUACGCUCUCCAACAAAGAGAAGGAAAUAGACGAAUACAUCGCUCAGGCCAAAGAUAGGAGUUACGAGACCAUGAUGAAGUUUGGAAAACGGGGUCUCAACCUGGCCGCUAAUGCUGCCGUCACUGCGGCCGCCAAGGGCCAGGGCGUGCUCUCUGACAAGCUGCGCAGCUUCAGCAUGCAGGACCUGACUCUGAUCAACACCGAGGACGAGCUGGACCUGCACACAUCAGAGGUCCGGACGAGACGGGACCACAUGAGCGAGAUGGGCUCGGGGGCCAGCACGCUGCCCCGGGCAAGGAGCUCCUCUGUACGCCAGACCCGCUCCUCAGCAUCUGUUGCCGAUGACGCCUCGUCCCAACACAGCUCCGACCAGUCGGACACGAGGACUGAACACUCGGACGACGACCUGGGAGAGAAGGGUCCCAAACGCAGCGCCAGCGCCGUCAAGGUGACCAAAAAGGCUGCGGCUGCCAAGACGGAGCCUCAAACCAAGACAGUGAAAAAGGUUGUGAAGAAAAAGACCACUACUAACAACGCAGAGACGCCUGCAUGAGUCCUGCUGUCCUCAUCCACUGGAUCCCACCUCCACCCACAGCCUGCUCGCCCUCCUGCCGUUGGGUCUCCACAAACACGUUCGCUUUGUAUAUCAGGCACUGAAUCUGUCACUGCUGCCUAGUUUUUAGAGCAAAGUGCAGACGGCGUCUUUAGGUCUCACAGGAAGCUUCAGUUUAACUGUCUGGUCGCAUUUUUUGGGUCUGUUGGAUAAGAUUUACCUGCUAAAGAUGUUUUCUUACAUUGUUUUAAAACUAGAUAGCAACCUGCUCAGAAGCACCCGUCCAAGCGGAGGGCUAAUUUGUGUUCCCAGUUUAGGCUGUUAUUUAUUUUAGAUUUAAGCUGCCUUUAAUUAUAGCAGGUCUAUUCAGAUAAUUUGUUCUUUGCUUUACAUUUCCUGCAGUGGGGUGAUGUCUGGUCUUUUUCGGGUGAGUUCUACAGACCACCUUGUUUGCAUCUUUAUCUUGAUUCAGCCAGAGAAAUACUCAGUAAGCCUUGUGUUUGCAGCACAGCCAUGCAAAACGAUCUAAUGUCAGAGGAGCUAUCGGUGAAAACUGGGUUAUUGAGAUCUGCGUCGACGCUUUUAAUCAGCAUCCCUUACUUCCCAGCAGUAAAAAAACUGUUCCAGAACUGAGAUCCUGAAACUGUUUUUUGCUGUUUUAUUGUACUCCAAUUUUUUUUGUCCCUUUUUUACUUGAUUUACCUCUGAGUUAGUCUGGCUCCGAUAUGUUCAGGUCUCACUUGGAGAAGUGGCUUUCAGGUUAAUGCAGGUGCUUACUUUGUUCUUUCAGACUCCAUUCCUGGGUAUUUCUCUCUAAUUUAUUGAGCGUCUCUGAAACGCAUCAUUGGUAAAUAAACCUUUUUAGCCUUCAGUGCGUCACCAGCGGGUAAGAUGACACAUUGAAUCCGCCAUGGCUGGUACUCGGAUGUUCAAUAGUUGGGAAUAAAGAAGAGAAACUCUUGACUUUCUCUUCCUCGUUGUACCCAGAUGCACGGGGAGACACGUUUCUGCUUCUUGCCGUUCUAAUGAGACAAACAUCUGGAUUUUCUGAUCCAGGUUUUGUCAUUUCUGCUGUGGAGGGAGAAUCCCACUGGAAGUAGCUGUACAAGCUGCACGGUUUGUUUUUGGAUGCUGUAAAACAGGUUUGUAGUUUAGACCUGAUUUAACCAAUAGGGGGAGACAAACUCCACAUUAAUAGUGGAACAGUGAGUAACCCUGCCUGUACAUCGUGAGCUUCCUGCUCUUAUUCUUGUCGCCUGGGUCCGAUUACUUCCCUUCCUGGUCUUGACAAAUCAGCAGAGGAACCUCGGGCCUUAUCACAACACACUUAAGCUCAUUAAAAUUAUUACACUGCACUUUUUGUUGAAGGAAGUUAUCAAUUCAGAUGGGUCCUUAACCCCCACACCGAAGCUUGAACAUCAACAGCCUGAUUACAAAUAAUUUUAUGCCCGAAAGGUAAAAAAAAAAAAAAUGCUUUGUUUUCCUUUUUAAUGUAAGUACAUUUCAUCUUAUAGCAGCCUUUUUAUCUUGUAUCAUAUUUAUUGUUGAUUGAUUUUGUGUUUAUUAGUGUGGCAUACAAAUGGACGCUAAUUUGUAUAUUUUGUUUGUGCCAAAUCUUAAAGGCCUCAUAUAAAAUGGUCAGCAAAGUGUAUCUGCUGGGACAGUGCUUUCCGGAAAAGGUUGGUCUUCUUCUGUAAAGAAACGACUACUAAUAAAAUAAAGGAAAUUAAAUCCAU